UACUUUCACCAAAGAGAAUUGUCAAUUAUAUAAUAAGUAUAGUAUAAUAAUCCUUAUUGAAGUACCACCCGUUGAUAACAUAUUGAUUCAAUAUUUUCACCAUUGUAACCUUGAACUUGACUAACGUAUUCACUGUUUCUGGGGAGUGUCUGCAAUCUUGUAUUAGUAACUGUUAAUUAUACCUUUUGUAUCAUUUUUAUUAAUAAUUAUGGAUCCUUCGAUCUUCCCUGAAGAAAUUUGGAUAAAAAUUUUAUUAUAUUGUGAUGUACCUGAUAUUAUUGCUUUCGGUAGAACAUGUAAAUAUUUAAGGAAAACUUCUGAUACUGAUUACCUGUGGAAAAUGAAGUGGCUACAAUUGAUUUCAAAAGUACAUUUUAAAUUUCCAGACAUGAAAUGUCUGCAACUGCUUAGUGUUAGUUUUAAAGCAAUGUGUUAUAGAUUACAUAUGGUAAUUACAUCAGGGGAAAAUUUUCAUUUUCCAAAAUGUCGUCAUUGUAGUGGUUAUACGUGUCAAAGAAAUUGUGUUGAAGGUUCUAGUGCAAAAGUAGUAAUUGAAAUUGGAAAUAAAUACACAUGGGUCAUUACGCCACAUUUUGAAUUAAGAAGGCAUUUAUCAAUGUUUGGUGUACCUAAAUACAAUAAUGAAACAUAUUUGGAGCAAACACAAAAUGUUCCAAGCAGUAGUGCACGACCAAAGGGUGAUGGAAAAUCAUUAGCUAAGAAAUUCAAACUGCUGAAAUUAUCUGAACUGGCAACUGCUAAGAUUCCAAGACCAAGUGGUCCAUUUUGUGUAUUUUGUAAUUCUGUUAAAUUGUACAGGGAGAAAAAAAGAUUAAUUACACAUCAAAAUGAUCCAACAUGUUAUGCAAGACCAAAUCCAAUUUAUGAAAAACUUAUAAAUGGAUAUUGCACAGAUACUGUUGAAGUACUUGGAAUUCCAAAUGUUGAUCUUGUUAGUCCAGCAGAAGCAUUAUUAAGCGAUGGAACAUUUUCUGUUCUUAAAACAUUUGUUGGUCAUUUAUUUCAUCAGAUGAGAUUAACAUCUACUUUAAGAAAACCCAAUGCAGUACUUAUGUUCUGUGAACCAUUAGCUAUGCAUCCAGCACUCAGAAAAGAAUUAUUGCAUUAUUUGUUCCAAGAAGUUAAAGUGUCAAGAGUAUGUUUAGUCCCAAAGCCUCUAGCAGCAUGUGCAAUGCUGGAUGUGGAAACUUGUGUAGUUGUUGAUAGCGGAGCUCUUAGUACAACAGUAGCUGUUGUAAUUGGCGGACGUGUUAUACCACAACGCUGGAGAUUAUUACCUGUGGGUGGGUGGCAUGUAGCUUAUCAUUUAAAGCAAGCCAUGCAUUGGUACCUAAAAGAAUGUUAUCAUAUUCCUAUAUCAUAUUUGGAUACAUUGUCUAUCAAAGAAAGAUGUAGGCUAAGCUACAAUAUUAAAAAUGAAGAAAAACGUGUAGGUCAAAAAACAAGGGAAUGUAUUACAGUACGUAGUUAUGCUGGCAACGAACGAUUUUUGAGAGUUUCCUUAGGUUCUGAAUUAUAUAUUGCUCCUGAAAUGAUGUAUAUCAAUCUUGGUUUACCACAAGUGAUAAAAGAUGUAACAUUUGGUUUAUCAGAAGAAAUACUGCACGAUUGCCUCUCGCAUAUAUUACUAACGGGAGGCAACACACACCUUUCAGGUUUUGAAUUAAGAUUAACUAAAGAUUUACGGGAAUUAUUGCCUGAACAUAGCAAAAUUUUAGAAGUAAAAAGUUGCCCUGGCACUCAUAGUUGGAAUGUUGCCAUGGGUUCCACGUAUGUGCCUUUAACUGUACAUCCUGACAAAACACCACCUGAAUAUGUAGAGGGUAAUCCAUUUUGGCUAUCAAGAGAAGAAUAUAUUUUAUUUGGAUGUGAAUCAUUGAAGCAGUAAAAUUAUAAUAACUGAUUUGACACAAUACUGAUACCUCACUUAUUGUAUAAAUGCAAAACCAUGCAUGUGUAAAAAUAUUGCAGCAUUAAAGGAUAAACCAUCAUGAAGCAAA